AUGACAAGCACAAAAAAGUGCUUCUAUGUGAUUCAUAUUUAUUCUGAAUCUUAUAUACCACCUGAUUUCAAUAAUAAUCAAACUGCCUUCCUCCAAUAUCUAGCUUCCGAAAAUUUGUCUCUUCGAUUGCCAGCUCUAUAUGUUUUUGGGGACUCGUAUAUAGAUGCUGGUAAUAACAAUUUUCUUGACACAAUAGCCAAAGCCAAUUUCUUACCAUAUGGUAUUGAUUUUGGAGGAGUGCCAACCGGUCGUGCCACCAACGGGAGAACCGUUGUGGAUUUUAUUGCUCAAGUUGCUGGCCUGCCAUUUCCACCCCCAAUGCUCGGAUUGUCUGAAACCGAGAGGAAAAUCUUUGUUAGUGGUGUAAAUUAUGGCUCCGGUUCUAGCGGGAUACUGCCUCUGCCUCCUCCUGCUGUGGAAAUAUUUGGACAUAUUUUGAGCUUCGAUGAACAAAUAGAGUUGUUGAACGACACAACAAGAAGCUUGAAGGGUCAUUUUGACAGCCCUGAAAGCUUUUCUCUUUACCUGUCUAAGUCAUUGUUCUUUAUCCACAUAGGGACCAAUGACUUAGGCAUAUAUUGGGAUCUUGAACAAAAGCGAAAGUUCCGAACUGCAGAAGAUUAUGCACUCUUCUUAUCGGAGGAGUUGUCCGGCAAUAUACCAACUGGGAGCAAGGAAAUUCCUGGUUAA